UCCAUGGUUCAAAAACAAUACCCGGGUAGUGAGUGUAUAAAGAAAAUACAAAGCACCGCUGUUGAUAUGUUCACUAAAUUCUCAGAGAAGCAACAACCUCAACCACCUCAACCGGAAGUAGAGCCUUUUGUUUCUAAUCUUAAUGAGAAGUCAAAUUCAGACGAGUAUGAUGCUUUCUUUGAUGAACCUGGAGUUCUAGAAGCAAUUGAUGCUCUUGUGAAUGCUUAUCAAGAGACUUGUGGAACACAUAAUCAACAAGAAACUAGGAAGAAAACGAACAUUCCUAAUGAGAUUUGUGCUACUCCAGAACAAGAACAACAACCAGAUGUUCCUAGUUUUGACCUUGGACUUGACCUUUCACCGUUUGUUCGAGCGCCUCAAAGUAAAGAUAUCAAUCUAAUUUCAUCCACUAAUGCAGCUGAGAUUGAUGCACCUGAGAUUGAGACUGAGAGACCCAUAGUCGUUGCUUUACAAGGUCGACUAAGCAACAAAAAGGGGAAGAACAAAGUUGUACAUUUUGAUACGGAAUUAGAGGGAAAACUCGAAAAUAAGAGACAACGUCCUCUAAGGAAGCCAAAGAACCUGCCUUUGCAAAUUAGGUCUCCUUAUUAUGAUCGAGUUGUUGACGUGUUGAAGAAGUUGACUAUCAUUGAGAAGCAAAUCUGCAAAUAUGUUCUGACAUUCGGAGAUAGAAAUGAAGUAUUGUAUCAUUACAAAGGAUUUCAAGGUGAACGCCAUCUUUUUUCAUCACUUUUGGAGGAGUAUGUGGACACUGGGAUCAUUGAUAUAUGGUCAUUGCUUUUAAAUCGGAAGGAAGCAGGUCGUGGAUUGGGGUCCCCAAAGAGAUUCUUUAUCUCUCCUACAGCUUGUGUGAACUUGACUGAAGAACUUCUUAGACGGAAAAAACCGGUGCUGCAAUGUGAGCUUGAGUUCCAUAAGAGAUUGUUGAACAUGCUCAACUGCUCCGAGUAUGGAGAUAUGUCAGAUGUCGAUCUUGUUUUUUGCCCUAUUCUUCAAAGGGGUUGGUACGUAGUUUUAUGUUUCAAUUUCAAGCAUUCCAAGAUUGAUAUUAUUGACCAAAGGAUGCUUACCGGAAUAUUGGAUGAAAAUUAUGGUGGCUACGCAACAAUAUUGGCUAAGGCAUUUUCUAACUAUUUGAAGUCAAGCGGUGAUCCAAGAGCCGAAAAAGUAUUGAACUUCGACCUAAAACUAAUCAAAAUGCAAUGGAGAUCCAAUGAGAAUGAUGAUAUCGAUAGUGGUGUAUGUGCAAUGAGGUACAUGGAAAUGUAUAUGGCGCAAGGAACUUCUUCGUGGGAUACUAACUUAAGAAACAAUGUAAGAAAUUUUUUUAAGGGUAUUUUUUUCUAGUUAUAUUUGAUUUUAAAGUUAAUUAAUAUUUGUUUAUUUUUAGGCUUUUUUUCUGAAGACUUUGAGAGCCAAGUACUGUUGUGAGAUCUUGAAGGACGAUUCCAAUGUAGUUAAACAACUUAUGCUAAAGAAGGUCAAGGAGAUGAAAUGAGCUGAGUUACUUACAAGAAUUUCAGUUUUGACGUACUUGUGAGCCUUUGGUGAUGUACAUGUAUGGCAUCAGUGAUGUACUUGGAAGUAAUG